AUGAAACCUGUCCCGUUUGCAGUUUCAAGUAUUGGAUGUAUUGGAUCAUUCUUUGUCUUGAUUUUGAAUUCGAAUUUAAUUCGAAGUUUAUAUUCAACUAGUUUGAAGAAUAAAUAUGAGUAUCAGUUGUUCACACUUCGAUUUUUUGUGGAUCUAAUAACGGCGGUUUUGAGUAAGUUAGAGGAUUUACAAAUUUAGAAAAUCAAACAAUUGUGUCAUUUUUUAAUAUUAAAACAACUAGAAUUUUCAAGAUACGGGUUUCCCUACAUCUUAACAAAUGUAAAAAUUUUACAGAUGUGAUAUAUUUUGGAGCCACGGCUGCAUCAUUCAUCUUCAACUUCUACCUCUUCGAAUAUCCAGUACUGUAUUACUGGACAACAUUUUUGAGUAGUAUUCAAGUUUCAAAAUUUUAUCUAGCAUUUUUAAUUUCGUUCGAAAGAUUCAUCGCUGUUUUCUUCCCUAUAAUAUUUCACAAUUAUCGCCGACGAUUUUCCAAUCGUUUUGCUAUUAUAAUCAUAAUUGUUUGUGGAAUUAUCGAUGAUCUGAUAUAUUUUCAAGUAUGUCAUGUUGUUCGAAAAAUUAAAUGUUACACAAUUGGAUGUUCGGCGAAUGCAUGCUAUCUUGAUUAUUUUGUGUUGAUGAAAUUGAUUCUGAGUUGGACGACAACAUUCAUUUCCCUUGCUUUGUUCUUCAGAUUGUUUUGUGUUAAUCGAAAAUAUGCUAAUGCAGAUUUCAAAAGAGUUAGUUGACGAUCAGUGAAAAACUUUUCUUCUCGUAAUCUCAAUUUUUCAGACAAAUUAUAUGUGCCUUGCCGAUGCUGCACUUUCUGUUAUUUUUGAUUUCUUCCCUUAUUUAAUCACCAAAUUCUUCGAAGAAAUAAUAUUGUCUGGUGAUGGAGUUGGACCAUUCAAUUCAACAGUUCGUGUAUUUCAAAUCUUGAUAGAUGCUAUUAUUGCGAGUUAUCUCAUAAUGAGUAUGAAACCAAACAAAGUUCAAGUUCUAAAUCCUCUUAGCAAAACUAGAAGUGUGACGUAA